GCGAAGAGGAACGGGCCGGGCAGCUACAGGAAGAAGAAGAUAGCCUCAGCUCCCCAGAGAUCACCUGUGAUACAAAAGAUGAUCUACAAAAGCUGGAGGCUUGGAUUCAGGAGAGGAAGCAACUCCGAUCUCAGCUGGAAAGCUUUGGAGAUGUUGAAAAAUGGCUGAGUCAUAAACCUACCUUUAGCAGCCUGGAAGAAAGAGUCAGGAAACGAAUAAUGGCAGCUGGAGUAGACCAGAGGGCUAAAAGCAAGUCAGCCGUGACCGACAGGCCAGACUGCUCACCACCAACAAGGAGCCAGACCCGGAAGAAGGGUAGCCUUCCCCUUAUUCGUGCACCAUACCCUCAAGCUCUUAUCAAACUGCAUAACCUCCUACAACAACAGAAGUUGACAAUGGUAGACAUCUUCAGAAAGGCUGGAAUGGAACAGAGAAAGAUCAUGAGAGCAGACUUCAUUAAAGUCAUCAAGGAGACAAAAGUUCCCAUCACUGACAAGGAACUGGAGGAUGUGGUCAUCUUCUUGACUUCUUCAAAACGGGGGAAUUAUAUAAGCAGUGAAGAUCUGAUUGAAUGUCAAAAGCAGUGGCUGGAAAUGAGGAAAGGACAGCCCAAAGAGACCAGCAAAGAUGUACAGCCUCAGGUCCGGAGAAAUGCUUGCAAAGCUGCCACUUCUCCACCUUCUGCUGGGGACAAAGCUGUGGGGACGAAGCCUUGCUCUCCUACCGAGCCCAAAGAAAAGCUUACACUCUUGGAAGUGCCCCCAGUCAACACUGAGCCAGGCCGGCGACGUUUAAACUGUGACAAAAUGGAAGAGGUUGGAAAACUCUCAAGAGAGAGGAGACGGCUGGAGAAGAUCAAAGACAGCCCGAUAGAAUGGAAAGAAAAGUGUCGGCUGGUGAGAUCUGGGGAUGCACCCGUUGAUGAACACUGCCUGCCAUCAACUACAGAGGGUGACAUGGGAGCACUGGUUGACCAGUAUCGCAGAAAUGCCGUUGUGAACUAUAUGAAUUGCUCCAAGCUGUGCAAGGAGCGUAACAUUUGUCUCACUGACAAAGCGCUGCAAAGAGGCCUGCUGCACCCAGGAGACAAGAUCAUCAAAGAAGGAGAAGACGUGAGGAAGAUCAGGCAGCCUGGAGGAUACUACAGCACAGGACAUGCUGACGCCACAUCUUCUCUGAGCAUGUCCAAGUCAAAAAGUGCAUCAGGAAAACAGGCCAAAGAGGCAGAAAACAGGCCUCUUGAGAAGAAUAAGAAUCAAAAGUCAAGCGACAAUAACUUCUGGCCAGGCCAUCUCCUGGACAAGAUGCGCCUGUACUUUCCAGAUAAGGAGCUUGACAGGGCACACGCCUUGUUUAGCUAUGUUCCCCCAGCCAGGCCUGCCUACCGUGGCAUCUAAAACCCUGGCUACAGCUAGCUCAUCAGAGCCAGGAUACUUGGCCUCUAGAGACGCUCCAUUCGAGAAAACUCACUUCACCUGAAGUUCUUCUCCUAGCAGCAUGAGAUGUGUGCACAGCUUUGUGACUCAUCAGGUCAGCUCAUGGGAUCUGGGCCAAGUUCAUGGAGAUCAUCAUCAACUAUCCUGAGUUGGAAGGGGCUCACAAGGACUGAUCAUCAAGUCUAACAGCUGGCUUCACACAGGACUACCUAAAAAUUAAACCAUGUAUCUGACAGUGUUGUCCAAAAGCUUCUUGAACGCCUUGUUUAGCUAUGUUCGCCCAACCAGGCCUGCCUACCUUGGUAUCUAAAACCCUGGCUACAGCCCAGGACAGAAGUUAUCUGAGGUGAUAGCCAUGGCAAACAGUGGCUGCAGUAGAACAGAAAGAAAGAAGAAGGAAGGACAUGGAAGAAAAGAAAAAGAAAAAAAGAAAAAAAGAAAAAAGAAAAAAGGGAUUGCCUUAGGUUGCAGGCUAAACUUGCAACCGUCAGAGCAGGAACGACAGGUACCUGGGGCAUUUACCCUAGCAGGUCCAGCAGUUGAAAUAAAGCUAGACAAUGAAGAGAGAGGCUUGGAUUUUUUGGUCGAUACGGGAGCCUCU